AUGCUGAUGAGAGUACGGUGUCUUGUGGAUUUGGAUUUUGUCAACAGACUAAUCAAUAUAAGGUUCUUAUUGUCUUCAGGAAAAAAUCAGCAUGCUAAAUCACAAAUUGAAGGAACAACAUUCUAUCCUUAUAGGGUGGUUGAGAUUCAUACCCUUGGGACCAAAUCAUGGAGAAACAUUGGAUUUGCUCCCAGCUUCCAAAGCAUAACGUCUCCAACCUAUCUUAAUGGGGUCCUUCAUUGGAUUGGUGACGGAUGUAGCGGGAAGGAUCUUGUACUCUCAUUUGAGUUUAGCAGUGAGUGCUUCAAAUUACUUCCUCUACCAUGGGAAUUAUUGGAGAGAGUCUAUGUUUAUCUGCUACUUCUGGUGUUGAUUUGA